AUCGAUGAUCUCAGGAUUGCUUACUUUAGUCUGUUGAUCGGCUCAUGGCGCUGCUCUGUCAGUCGCUGUAAUGACACAAUAGGAGUGUGUAUCGUUGCCUAGUGACCGGAGUGAACAUGGGCCGCCACUCCUCAGACAGUGAGGACAACAGUCGAAGCCGGAGGAAGAGGAGAACGAAACAGCGCUCUUCCUCCUCCAGCUCCACUGAAAGCAGAGUGACCAGCCGCAGCAAACACUCCCGGAGACGCACUCGCUCCAGAGACCGAAACAGAGUCACAGACAGGAGACGCAGAAAGCGCUCCAACAGCAGCUCUUCCAGAGGGUCCGUUCACAGGAGGCGGAGCCGAAGCGCAGAUAAGGGGCGGAGCCACAGGUCACACAGAUCUCAAUCCCGCAGUCGAAAUAGGAGGUCUCGUUCCCGUCACCGAAAGUCUCGCAGUGGCAGCAGUGGCCGGUCCAGCCGGAAGCGUAGUCGCAGCAGAGAACGAGAUCAUGGCCAGCGCAGGACCCGAGACAAAGACAGGACACGAGACAGAACUAAAGACAAAGAGGCCGACAGAGCCAAAGACAAGGACAAACAAAGGGAAACCGGAAACAUCAAAGCUGGAUUAGAACAUCUGACUCCUGCAGAACAGGCCAAAGCUCGACUCCAGCUGGUGCUUCAAGCCGCAGCCAAAACUGAUGAAGUGCUGAAAGCAAAGGAAAAUAUUAAAGAAGAAAAGACAAUAAAGGAGGAAGAGGAAUUAUCUCUCGCGGAGCAGGUGAGGAGGAUAAAGGAUAUCGAGGCCAUUGAGGAGGACUCCUUUGUUCCUCAGGCUUUCAAAUCAUCUCGGGACGCCACCAAGGUGACUGAAGCUUCAGAGAUCAAGACAGAGGCCGAGACUAUGAAGGAGGAAGUCGCCGUUCUGCCCAUCUCCAUCACAUACAACGACACCAACAGCCUGGCUCACCCCAACUUGUUCAUGGAUAAAGAGGAGGCCGAGAGGUUGUGGUUGAACAGACUGGUUUCUCUGCGUCAGGAGAGGCUCAUGGGAAGUCCGGUGUCCUGAUGACAUCCAAACCAAUGCGGAUGUGAAGAUAGUUUCAGCCUCUGGAACUCCUACAUCUCUCAGAAAGGAGCAAGUGCGCCUCCUGCUGGUUUCCACGGGACAUAUCUUCCAAAAGUGAAUUUCAGCAUGUGCUUUUUCUGAAUCUGUGCUGGUUUGUUAGUUUUCCUUUAUAAUAACUGAUAAUGAUAGUAGAUUUAGGGGUUAUUUACACAUACUUUGUCCUCUACACAUGCUCUUUUUUUUCUCUCCAGUUUUAAGCAGCCAUCCUUCUCAUCAACAUAAAUGUAUGACAAUUGUAUGUAGCGUGUGCUAGUUUUUUUGUUUUAUCCUUUUAAAUAAAUGAUCUUGUUGUAA